UUCCAGUGAGCCGAAGUCUUCCCACUCCCCUGACAUCCAUCCACCUGCAUUCGCUCAACCAAUAGGCUUUCAGCCACGGUGACAUCUCAACUACAUAAAGGGUUAAAGGGAAUUGUCAAAGUCACUUUGAAAGGAAGACGCAUCUUUGCAAAUCAUGGUGCCCCGACGAUCAUUUACAAUCGACACUGAGAAAACAACAAGGACGAUAUAUGUGCUCGGAACGGAGUUGACGGUGAAUUUAAACAGGAAUGCCCCACCGCAGUCCAAAUUCUUCUCGAUAAAAUGCAGCCCAAACGUGCAUUACAAGAUCACUCCCCAAGCCAGGGACAGGAACGCGGAUUCGUACCCUCUCACCCCAAACGCUGUCCUCAUCGUCACCAUGGACGCAGUCAGCAAGACUGCAAACGACAGCAAGUUAUCUGUGAGGUACUUUGGAGAGAAAACAGAGGCUCUCGGGGAUGCCCUGCUGCAUCUAACAGCUGUUGAGAUAUCUCUGGACGUAGAUGCUGACCGAGAUGGCAUUGUUGAGAAAAACAAUCCAAACAAGGGAUCGUGGAAGUGGGGUCCUAAUGGCCACGGUGCAAUCCUGCUGGUCAACUGUGACUCAGAGACCACAAACAAGAAGACACUGGACAGUGAGGUUGAGGAGAUCCGUAAAGUCUCGGAUUUGCAGGACAUGUCCAAGAUGAUCCUGCACACCAACGGUCCCGCUGAACUUCCUGAAGGCUAUAAACUGACCAUGCACAUCUCACAGACAACUUCAGAGAAUGUGAGAGUCUUUAGACCUCGCACAAAUGCACCGAAAGACAAUGUGUGGAAGAAUAAACUCCUGAAGUUGUUCCUGAAAGAUUAUAUCAUGGUGGUGGGAACCGACAUGCUGACACAGAAAGUGCCCUAUCUAGGAGGCAAAACUGAACUGGAAUUCUUUGUUGAGGGUCUUCGCUUCCCUGAUAAAGACUUUGAUGGGCUCAUCACCAUCAACCUCAGUCUACUAGAGCCCUGUGGCAAGGGUUUCCCUGAAACUCCAGUCUUUACUGAUAAGGUGGUAUUUCAUAUUUCUCCCUGGAUCAUGACCCCAAACACGCUCAAACCUGUGGAGGUGUAUGUGUGCAGCACAGAUGAUAAUCACUCGUUCCUGAAGAGCAUAAGGAACCUGGUGGAAAAGUGUGGCUACAAACUGAAAAUAUGUUAUGAGUACAUGAACCGAGGUGACCGCUGGAUGCAGGAUGAGCUUGAGUUUGGUUACAUUGACUCUCCCCAUCAUCAGUUCCCUGUUGUACUGGACUCUCCUCGUGAUGGAGACCUUCAGGAUUUCCCCUACGAGUCCAUUCUGGGGCCAGACUUUGGGUAUGUGACACGGCAUGCUUUGAAUGAGGAGGUGAGCAGUCUGGACUCCUUUGGAAACCUGGAAGUUAGUCCACCAGUCACAGUGAACGGGAAAAGUUACCCACUUGGCAGAAUCAUCAUUGGAGUGGCGUUCCCUACUGCAACAAGUGGCCGCAACAUGACCCAAGUCGUCCAGGACUUCCUGUGGGCACAGAAGGUUCAAGCGCCAAUAGCGCUGUACUCUGAUUGGCUGGUUGUGGGUCAUGUGGAUGAGUUUAUGACCUUUGUUCCAGCCCCUGACCGAAAGAAAUUCAGGCUGCUGUUGGCUAGCCCUGACGCCGGAUACAAAGUUUUCAAAAGCUUACAAAACAACGGACAUGGAAACGCAGAAAUGUUUCCGGGUUUGCCAGAGGCCAUCUCUGUAAAUGAGAUCCUGAGCGACAAAAAGCUACAGGCUGGAAACAGAUACGUGCAGAACUGUAUUGACUGGAACAGGGAUGUGCUGAAGAAAGAGCUGGGGUUGGAUGAUGAGGACAUCAUUGAUUUGCCCAUCCUGUUUCAAGUGUUAGAAGAGAAAAAGGGCGCCAGGGCAGUGGCUUACUAUCCCGACAUGGUGAACAUGAUCGUGUUGGGGGAUCAGCUGGGCAUCCCAAAACCGUUUGGGCCGAAGGUGAAUGGCAGGUGUGCUCUGGAGACAGAGGUGCGUUCUCUUCUGGAGCCUCUGGGCCUCAAAUGUACCUUCAUUGAUGACUUUGCUCCGUACCACAAACUGCUGGGUGAAGUUCACUGCGGUUCCAACGUUCUUCGAGAGGCGUCCCCUUUCAAAUGGUGGAACCUAGAGCUGUGAGAGAAAGAGACUAGACCUGUCAAGUGCCUAUUAAGUCUUUAAACUAGUUAAUUCUUGCAAUAAACAAUGCAUAGAGCAAAAUACUAAUUGGAUAAUUCAACUAAAAAUGGAAACUCUCUCAUGUUUUAUUCACCCUCAUGUUGUUCAAGCAGCUCUUUUCCAUAUAAUGACAAAGUGCUGUCAAGCUUCGUAAAAGAAUGAGAAAUCAUUCAUAUCACUAUGUACUGUUCUGUAUUCAUAUAACAGCUUUCCAUGAGUAUUAGACAGAAAUGUAAAUGCCUAUUCACUGAUGAAAGCCAUUUGUUGCACCCGCACAUUGAGAUUUGAGAGCUGCUGAUUUUCAGUAAAUGCAACUUAAACGAAAGCAUAUCAUGCACUUAUGAAACAACAUGAGUGUGAGCAGACAACAGUUUUUACUUUGUAAAAUUCUAAUAACUUUCCUCUGAUAACCAGGCCUUGUUUUAGCAGUAAAAUUCCUCCUCGGGCUGUAGUGGUGCUUUUUCAGGAUUUCUAAAAAAAUUAAGGGCUUACAAUUACCUUAUACAUAACGAUUUGAAAAGUGGUUCAAAAUAAUGUUAAACUGUUUUUUUUUUUUUUUUUUUGUCUUUUCUAACAAAAAAUAAAAAAAAGUUUACAAAGUCUGUACUGGGUUUUUAUAACUGUGAACCAUGAAUGUUCAUUCUGUGUUGCCUUACUAAUAAUAACUGAGAAUUUGAUUUGAGAACUGAGAAUCUGUGAUUUACUGUCUUGGGUGUACAUUUUUCCAUAAUGCACAUUACAGCAAUAAAUAAACAUUUCAUGACCCCUCCGA